CAAUCAGCUGUUUUGCCUGUUUUUCGCCGCCAGCAACUUUAGUAAUUUACCUGGCUUAAUAGAUAAAAUAAUACAAAAACAAUAGACUAUAUUGCAAUAAAUACAUCAAAAUUGUGUGUAAAACGCGUUCAACUCGCAUCUCCAGAACAAUAUUUAGAAAAUAAUCAAUUUGGAUCAACCCAGGCCAAUCAGCGGUUGCGUAAUUUAAGCGACACGUUUUUUAGGGGCCCCAAAAUUAAGGUGUAAUCACAGAGUGCCUCAGAUUUUACGUUCGAAAUGGCCAAGUACAUUGCCCAGAUCAUCGUGCUGGGCGCCCAGGCAGUGGGAAGAGCUUUUACCAAGGCGCUGCGUCAGGAGAUCGCUGCCUCCCAAGAAGCGGCACGUCGAGCAGGCGGUGGCCAGCAGGGCGACAAGAGCGCCGAGUCCAACCUGCGCACAGGCAUGACGCUGGAGGAGGCCAAGCAAAUCCUCAACAUAGAUGACCCCAAGAACGUGGAGGCCAUCACCAAGAACUACGAGCACUUGUUCCAGGUGAACGAGCGCUCCAACGGCGGUUCCUUCUACAUCCAAUCGAAGGUUUUCCGGGCCAAGGAGCGACUUGACCACGAGAUCAAAGCCCAGCAGGCGAAGCAGCCGAAACAGGAAGCGACGGAAGCGGAAACGACGGGGCAGGAGCCUCAAAGCAGGGCGAGGCAGCGACGCUGAGUAUCCAUAUUGCCUCCCAUCGAACUAAUUAGCUGAUAAUUGAUUUUUAAAACUACUUGUUAAGUACAAAAAACGAAAGUCUGUUGGUGUAAAUAGAGUUUUACGAACAUGA